AUGUCUGCUAUCGCCAAGAAGCCACCACCAGGUGGCCUCGGCCGAGUUUCUCACACCGAGACCACGACGUCUCCUAAUGCAUCGCCCUCGCGAACAACUUCCCAACGCAACUCGACUUCAUCUCCCGCUGGCCACGCACGCACACGCUCUACCCGCAUGGGCACCCCGGUUUCCGCCCGGGCUGCUGCCGCCGCUCGCAAAAAUAGCACUGCCGCAGAAUCAGAUGCCCACGCUGAGGCCUCUGCCGCCGUCGAGGACCUUCAGCAGCGUCUGGAAAAGGAGGAGAAGCAAUCAGAGUCGUUUGCUAAGCAGAUUGGCGUCCUCCAGACCAAGCUCGACGAUGCAGGCAAGGAGUCUGCCAAGCUUGAGGAAAGGGUCCACGAGUACGAGGAGCAGCUCGAAGCUCUAGCCAAUGAUAAACGAGAGGCUACUCGCCAGAUCCGCGAAAUGGAAACCAUCUACGAGGCGGAACGCAGCUCCAUGCUCAAGGAAAAGGAGGACAUGGCCAAUAAGGAGGAAGAGAUGCAAGCCAUCAUCCAGAGACUGAAAGACAGCCUUGCCCAACGUAAUCACGGUGAUGAGGACUCACCAAACGCUUCGCCCUCCAUCGAUGGCAGCAGCUUCGCUCCACCAUCCUCGCUGCAAAGAAGUGACUCUCGCAGCAGCUCAAAACUCAUCCUGCAAAAGGAUAAGCUCAUCGAAUCGCUACGACUUGAACUCGCUGAGGCCCAGAUCAAGCUGGUUGAAUCCGAGAACCAAGGCGGCGGCCGCCUGCAAGAAGUCGAGCGCCUGCUCAUGGAGGCUCGCAUGGCCAACGCUAGGCUGAUGGAAGACAACGAAAGCUAUCAGCUACUUCUCAAGGACAAGACGCUUAAGGGCGACUUUGGCCAAAGUGACUUUAGCUACAUGAGCUCCAAUCAAGAUGCCCUCGCCGCUCUUGAAGGCAAGGCCCCUGGCGCUUCGUCGCUUGCCGAUGAGCUCUCUGAUGCCACCGAGGCUGAAGGCGAAGGCGACCGCCGCCUAGAGGCCGAAGUCAAGUCUCUGAAAGAGUCGAACAAGGCCUUAACUCUAUAUAUUAACAAAAUCAUCGAGCGCCUGUUGCAGCAUCAGGACUUUGAGUCCAUCCUCGACCAGUCCAGCGAUACCAAGGGGAACGUCAACAAGGAGUUGCCAGCCCCUCCCAGCGGCUCAUCUCUUCUGCAACGUGCCAAAAGCAUGGCCAUGGGCCCCCCGGCCAGCAAAUCAAAACCUCGCCCUUCUUCUACGGCACAGGCCAGCACAGCCACCUCUGCGCAUAUGGAUCCGGAGCGGGCGCCCAGCAUUCCUAUUGGCAAUCUUGGCCGCUCUACUAGUGUUCGACGGUCUCGCCCUCAGAGUGAACAGUUUGCGGGUGCUGCUAGCCUGGUCAGCCAGAUGUACAAGGGCCCCGAUGGACCUCUAUCGCCCCCUCUUGGUAACCCUCGGAACUCACAAGGCUUUUACUCUGGCGCCAGUGCCGCUGGUAGUGUCACAUCACGCGUUCCUAGCACCAGUAGCCAAGCGCCGUCCUCGACUGGCAACUUUCCCGGCAUGCGCAGCGAGACGUCAAGCAUUAGCGGCGAAUCUGCCGAUCUCACUACGCCGCCCUCCCAGUCGCCUCCCCGCUCUAUCAACGAGAAGAAGACUACCUUUGUCGGUGGCACUCCGCGCCCUCUGCGACUCGUGCAAGAGAAUGCCGACGCUGUCAAGGACAAGGAGAACAAGCGCCAGAGCUGGUACACUGGCAUGACUGGCUGGGGCGGCUGGGCCAAGAAGGAAGAGACGGGAUCGCAGCAAACGCCGAGCCAAACCAUCGAAGAGUAA